AGAAAAAAAAAACAAUUUGACAGAUAAGUAACCUGACUUUCAAAAAGUACAUAAUCCUAAUAGGAAAACAUUAUUGAUUUAGACUAAUUUUAGCAGGGAUAUAAGAUAAAUACGUAUUUAAUUGAGUAAAUUAUUUUAAAUUGCUGUGCUUUACGUGCCAUAAAUGUAGUUACCUGUGAUUUAAGUGUAUUAAAUAGUGUUUAAUAUUGUAAAUGAUUACAUCGUAUUGUUUUUGUGAUAAGAAUGGGCAAUACAAGCAAAAAGCUAGCAUCCCAAUGCGGUUUACUCACUAAAGAGGAGCAGAAGUACGUCGGCAACACAUUCAAGGCGGCCAGCAAGAACUCGGGACGGAUCCGGGAGGACGACCUCAUCGUGAGUGGGCUACUAGACGCAGUGUUAUUAGAAAAACACUGGGGUCCCCUAAUAGACCCCCGGCUGGCGCAGUACCUGUCCAACUACUUGUUCGACACUGGGUCUCAAAAGGCGGCUACUUGUGACUUUACCCGCUUCGCAGAGCUCUAUGUAUACAACGUUAGAGGUACGGUGGACCAGAGGAUGACGGUGACGUACAGAAGUUUAGGUAACUACAGCGAAAACGACGAACUGCCGUAUCAACUAAUUAAAGAGUACUGCGAAGCAAUAGUGUCCACAUACAUCAAAGUACUGAAGACCUCGGGCGGCAGGCGCGCCGAAAAAUGGAUCGAUAAAGGGUUUCGCGGAAAAGCGGCGGCCGUGCAAACAUUAGGAGAGGCUGUUGCUAGUGGAGUGGGUUCAGACCCAGAUUCACCGCCUCAAGCUGUCAACUCUAAACAACUAUCUAAUUGGUUGAUGACGGACACCCUACUGAAGCACAUGACAGAGACAGUGUACACGACAUUGUACGGGAUAGAGCGAGAUCACACUACAGACGACGGUCCCCCGCUAACUGCGGUGCCACAAAUGCUACCUAUGGUGUAUGGCCUGGACUCGAUGCCUGAUUACCCCGCCUUCAUCGACCUGUCCCACAUCGUGUGGCUCAACAACAGCAUACCGCCCCCGCUGCAGCACAAGUGGCGUUUCCUGUUCUCCUCACACAUACAUGGCGAGUCCUUCGCUACCAUGGUCGGUCGCAUCUGUGACCAGGGCGCCUCCAUAAUCAUAGUGGAAGACACCCACGGCCAUAUUUUCGGGGGCUUCGCUACGGACUCCUGGGAGAUAGGCCCCAACUUUGUGGGCCGCGAUGACUCGUUUCUCUUCACCCUGGCCCCCAAGAUGAGGAUCUACGGGUCUUCGGGGUUCAACAACCAUUACCAGUAUCUUAAUCAGCACACCAAAACCCUGCCAAAUGGACUGUUGAUGGGAGGCCAAUUCAACUUCGGCGCCAUCUGGAUCCCCGCAGAUCCAUUCGGAGAAGGGUCCUCCUCAGAAUCCUGUACCACUUACCGCGGCUACAAGCGGCUCAGCAAAGAAAAAGACUUCCGUAUAAGUAGUAUCGAAGUUUGGGCUGUGGGCGACAAACCCGAAAGCGACAAGGAAUUGGGCGAACGUGACGUUAGCAUCCUAGACACAAACCCAGAAGCGAAGGCGAUCCUCGAGAUGGCUGGCAAGACUCGACACAGCGACGGCGUACGCGAGCCGCCGCCAUUAUAAUGCACCUUAUCGGUUAGGUAAUAAGGUACAUUUCCGUUCGAAAACUAACUCUGGAAAUAUCAAGUAAGCGAUUGCAUACGCGAGUCUGUUUUACAAUGCACCU